AUGGCCCUGUGGACGCGCCUCCUGCCCCUGCUUGCCCUGCUGGCCCUCUGGGCACCCGCUCCCUCCCAGGCCUUCGUGAACCAGCACCUGUGCGGCUCGCACCUGGUGGAGGCUCUGUACCUGGUGUGCGGGGAGCGCGGCUUCUUCUACACACCCAAGGACCGCCGGGAGCUGCCCGACCCGCAGGGGGGGGAGGCGGAGAUGGGCGCGGGCGGCCCGCAGGCCCUGGCCCUGGAGGGGAUCCUGCAGAAGCGCGGCAUCGUGGACCAGUGCUGCACCAGCAUCUGCUCGCUCUACCAGCUGGAGAACUACUGCAACUAG